AUGUCUUUUUUAAUUUCAUUUCUCUCUGAUCCUACAUUAGUUUGUCUGCUCUGCGCAGCAGUAUUAUUAGCUGUAGCCUACUUUUCAACUGGCUAUAAAAAUUCAGCUUUUAAAUUACCUCCUGGUCCAACUCCUCUUCCGAUCAUUGGUAACCUGCACUUGGUGGAUCUUAGAAGGCAAGAUAAAUCACUAAUGAAGCUUGCAGAAAAAUACGGCCCCAUCUUCACCCUCCACUUUGGGUUCCAGAAAGUUGUGGUCCUGACCGGGUACGAAGUUGUGCGAGAGGCGCUUGUGAACUACACAGAGGAGUUUGUAGACAGACCAUCCAUCCCAAUAUUUGACCAAAUUCAGAACAGAAACGGUCUGUUCUUCUCCAUCGGGGAGCUGUGGAGGACCACGCGCAGAUUCACCGUGUCCAGCAUGCGCAACCUCGGCAUGGGGAAACAAAUGAUAGAAGGCAGAAUCUUUGAGGAGCUCCACUUCCUCAUCGAGAUGAUCAAAUCCUUCAAAGGGGAACCUUUCAGCCUGCCGUCCUUCAACUGCGCUCCCAUCAACGUCACCUUCGUCAUGCUCUUUGGGGACAGGUUUGACUACAAGGACCCAACGUUUCUGACUCUCUUAAGACUCAUAGAUGAAAUUAUGAUUCUUCUGGGAUCCCCAAAUUUAAACUAUUUCAAUUUCUACCCGUUCCUUGGAUUUCUUUUCAAAACCCACAAGAUUAUGCUCAAGAAAAUCGAAGAUGUGCGUGCCAUUUUAAGGCAGUACAUGAAGGCGAGCAGGGAGGAUAUCAAUGAGAACAGUGUGAGGAGCUACAUUGAUGCACUGAUAUUCAAGCAACAAGAGGAGAAGAACAAGAAAGACAGCCUCUUCCAUGAUGACAACUUAAUGGCAUCCAUACUUGACCUGGUCAUGGCUGGAACAGAGACCAUUGCCACCACACUCCAGUGGUCCAUCCUGCUCAUGAUGAAAUACCCAGAGAUUCAAAAAAAGGUCCAGGAGGAGAUUGGGAGAACGGUCCAAGCUGGGAGCUGGGCCACGUACGAGGACAGGAAGAACAUGCCCUACACCAACGCGGUUCUGCACGAGGUGCAGAGGUUCAUCACCCUCCUGCCACACGUGCCCCGCUGCACUGCUGUUGACACCCACUUCAGGGGCUACUUCCUUCCCAAGGGUAUAAUUGUAAUCCCAUCCCUUACCUCAGUGCUGCUGGAUAAGACACAAUGGGAGACACCACAUCAGUUCAACCCCAACCACUUUCUCGAUGCUGAAGGGAACUUUGUAAAGAAAGGAGCUUUCCUGCCUUUCUCCACAGGGCGACGGAACUGCAUCGGAGAAAGCCUGGCCAAGAUGGAGCUGUUUGUCUUCUUUGUAGGGCUGCUCCAAACAUUCACUUUCCGACCCCAGCCGGGCGUUUCAGAGUCUGACUUGGACCUCACCGUCCCCCAAACGACUUUCACUUUAAGGCCUCAGCCUCAGUCAACCUGUGCUGUCCUGCGGGAAUGACCACGGCCUUGUCCCAGAGCUUUGGGGUCCAAGACCCCAACUUUGCUCAAACUCGCCAUCCCCCCACCCUGCCACAGCACCACAUCCCUUCCCACUGUCUCCAUCCACCCCCUCCACUGCUCCAUCCCCCCCAAGGGCUGCUCUUCGCUCCUGUGCUCUGGGGCAGAUGCAAACCCAAGCCAUGGUGCUGGCCAUCACACCCCACUUCUCAAGACGUGCGUGGAGCUGGUGAAGGGACCAAGCCACUGCUCUGGUGGAAGGCAUGCAGCCCAUGAGCAGCACCCAGGCUCCCAAGGUUCACCAUGUCACAGAAAUCUGCCUGGAUCCUGAGGAAGCACAACCCACGGUUUGCUGGAAGCUGCAGAGACACACCGUGGGUCACAGGCUUGAGCCAUCCACUGACACCUCCUGGGCUUUUCCAUAGCUGGCAGCAAAAUCCUACCAGGAUUUCACUUGUUUGGCAGCCAAGCCAAACACCUGCAGUGAAAAAAGUGAUCGGUUCAUGUGAUUUGAGGACUAAGUCAUUUCUGCCUUGGAACAGUGUCCUGGAAGAUGCCCCAGAGGCUGCAAACCUGUUCAGAGAAACAAGUGCUGCAACCAAGCUCAACACUGCUCCCCAGUCGGAGCAAAACAGGAGCUGCAUUUCUAAGUUUGCAAUUUAAAUCAUGAGGCCACAUGAGAUUUGCACCAGCCUCCGGUCAUAAAGGGCUAAUGACACAAAAAUAAACUACACCCACUGCUAGUUUUA